AUGGAACCAAACCGAAGCGAAAAUCGGUUUAACUGCCUGAAAACCUCAGCCACCGUAUCUGUCACCGGAACGGGAAGUGGUUUUGGUCGGAGAACUCGCAGGGUUUUAUACAUGUUGAAGUCAACUAUUGGGUUAGAAUGGAGAAGAAGGUCGGAAUUUCUCUAUCUUCCGAGACACAGCUUUCGCUAUCUACAGUCUGCUUCCCACUACCAUGAGCAAGUCACUGAUGAUUUCGACCCUUACUAUGAGCAAAGAAUGGACGAUGGUGAGAUUAAUCAAUGGAGAUUAAGAUUUUCCGCGUUUCUCGAGUCGAAAUAUGAGCAAGAGAUUGUGUCUCAGAAUUGGCAUGGUUUUCAGAAAAUCUCAGAAUUGGCAUCAAGAAUGGGAUUGCAUAGCCUUCAGUAUGCCAAAGCUGUUGUGUUUAGCAAAGCUCCUUUGCUAAGAUAUAGAAGUGAUCUUGAUGAAAGGCGCUUGCGAAGAGAGGUGGUUUUGCCAUUUAGCGUACAAAGCGAAGUAGAUGCUCAUCUUCAGGCUUUUCUCGAUGACAAACAAACAGGGAUUCUGGAUAUUCCUAAAUCCAAAAGAACUGGACUUUUAGCUACUGGUGAUAGACACUAUGAGAAAUCAGAGCCUCCUUUGCCGGAAAAUCUUGCCAAUCUCUUGCAAAGAAUACUCCAUACGAAGAGUUUCCAAUUGAAGAAUAUGCAACAGAACUGGCUGAAUUCUCCUCAAGGCCAGAAAAUGCUUGAGUUUCGUGAAAGCCUUCCUGCAUACAAAGAGAAAGAUGAUCUAUUUCUCUGCCGCCAUAGACUCUAUGAGGGAACAGUUCCUCUGUCUCCUCGAAACGCCUCUCUGGUAUGUAACAUUGAAGAGUGCAAUAAGCUAAGCUAUGACGAACAUCUUGUCCGCGCAAUCAUCUGUGCAGGCUUGUUCCCUGGAAUUUGCUCUGUUGUGAAUCUUGUGAAUAAAACUUCAUUCGAGACAAUGGAUGACAAGCAGGCGCGUCUGUGCUCUAACACUGUGAUUGGCUUGAUACCAUAG